AUGUCGGCACCUAUGGGACCUAUCAUGCAGCAACUGGCCACCCUGCCAGCCCGCUCCAGGCAGGGUCUGAACAACCUACGCCAGCGUAUCUUCCAGCAGGGAGAAAGACAGCCUAAAGAGGGUCACGUCCUACGCACUUCCUUCAGCCUCCACCGUCCGGUCUGGGUCACCGCCGGCGGUGGUCUGUACACCAGUAUGGCGGCUGUGUAUCUCACGAUGCGAUAUCUCAGACGUGCUGCUCAUUAG